AUGGGCUUCGCCGACCUUCUCACUGAUGCUGGUGCUGCCAUACUGAACAGCUGGCUCACCACCCGCUCCUACAUCGUCGGCUCCACCCCUUCCCAGGCCGACGUUGCUACCUUCAAGGCUCUUCAAUCCGUUCCUGAUGCGGAGAAGUACCCCCAUGCCGCUAGAUGGUACAAGCACAUCGCUUCCUACGAGAGUGACUUCGCCACCCUUCCCGGCGAUGCGUCCAAGUCCUACUCCGUCUACGGCCCUGAGGCCACUGAGCUCCCCGUGAACCCCGCCAAGGCCCCGGCCGCCGAGGAGGAUGACGACGAUGUCGAUCUGUUCGGCUCUGACGACGAGGAGGAGGAUGCCGAGGCUGCUCGCAUUCGUGAGGAGCGUCUCGCCGAGUACAAGAAGAAGAAGGACAACAAGCCUAAGCUUGCCGCCAAGUCGGUUGUCACCAUGGAUGUCAAGCCCUGGGAUGACGAGACUGAUAUGGCUGCCCUUGAGGCUGGUGUUCGCGCCAUCGAGCACGACGGUCUUGUUUGGGGUGCCUCUAAGCUUGUCCCCGUCGGCUUCGGUAUCAAGAAGCUCCAGAUCAACCUUGUCGUUGAGGACGAGAAGAUCAGCUUGUCUGAUCUUGAGGAGGAGAUUGCCGAGCUUGAGGACUACGUCCAGUCGGUGGACAUUGCUGCUAUGCAGAAGCUGUGA